UGUAAACAAUGGGGCUGAAGGAUGCUAACCUCCUGUGAUUCCCCUGGUAAAGCUGUCUGCAUCACACUGAGCACAAGUCCCUGCUCCCAUCUCUGGUGUCUCACAGCACAACCCAGCCUGGGCUCUCCCAAGUGCUGCCAAGUGCCUUUUCCCCCUGUGGAAACAAUCCCUUCUGUGUGUCUGGCUGUGCACAGCCUGAGCUGGGCUGUCACUCCUUUGGGGACUGUGCCAUUGCAGAAAGGGGCUCAUGGUACAGGGGCAAAAUCCAGGUAGUGAGAGAAAGAAGCUCUAAAGAGAGAGGAAGAGGAGGAAGAUCCAGCAGGAGCAUUCAGUGACAGACAGGGGUAAUGGAAGGCAACAAGGAAGGUGUGUUGAUGACAAAGGAGGUUUGGACAGGGAUAGACGGGGAAUGAGGUUUGGUCAGAAUGCAGGCAGGUGUUGUGAUAAAAAUGGAAAUAAAAAAGCAGCCUCAGGGCAGCCCCUGUUUUCCUGUGCUCUGUGGCUCUGAGCCACUGCUAGUGACAGGCAGCAGGACUUGCUGCCAGAACCUGUGGGGCUCCCCUGUCCAUGGAACAAGGGACCAGCAGGAUGUUGGGGUACAGAGCUACCUGGAUUCUCCUGCCCCCAACUCUGGGCAGGGACAUGCUCACUCUUGAUUUGUGUUUUUCAUCCCCAGCAGAAGAGAGAAGCUGCUCCUGGCUGAACAUCUGGGUUUUCCUUAUUUUUGCCCUUGCAAUCAAAGUUGCUUUGGUGACCCUUUGCCUCGUGGUUCCCUUCUGGCACAGCAGUGACCAGCCCAGAGCCCUGCUGCAGCAGUUCUCGGAGUGGAAGUGCGACUCAGCAGCGCCACAAGGAACAGGCCAAGGCUGGACGUGCUGCCCACAGGGCUGGAGAAGGUUUCAAAGAAGCUGCUAUUUCCUCUCCCUUGAUAGGAUGAACUGGGCCAAGAGUGAGCAGAACUGCACUGGGAUGGGCUCCCAGCUGGUGGUGAUCAACAGCAAGGCAGAGCAGGAAUUCCUCUUUGAGCAGAUAAAACAAACUCCACAAAGAGACAAUUUCUACAUUGGUUUGUUUAAGGACAAGGACGGCCAGUGGCAGUGGGUGGACAAGACUCCAUAUGAGGUGACAGCCGCGUUCUGGAGAAAAGGAGAACCAAGUCGUGGCCUGCUUGAGAACUGCACUGUAAUCCUUCAGGGAGAAAAUAUUCUCAACAACUGGAAUGACUGCGAAUCACGUUGGAACAACUCUCAAAUUUGUGAAGCUGCAGCAGUAACUGUGUGAUGGAAAUAUCCCUGUCCUGAGCAAAACUGGGUGCUGAGCAGCACACUCGGAGCAACACUGGCUGUGCUGGGAGGGGUGGGGAGCCCUGGCACAUCUUCACUGUGUGGGAGGGAACCGUGUGUGUGGAAGUAAAAUGAGCUUUGGCCAGCAUUCCCAGUGCAUGGGAUUACUCAGGGAACACAGGAAUGCUCAGGCUCAAUCAAAGCAGGUCCUGUGUUCUUGUGUCUUCCCUCUCAGAGGGUCCGGGCACCUCUGGCUGAAAGGAGAAGGACUUCUCCUGGAAGACACAGGAAUGGAAUACAAAUAUUGAGAGAUUCAAUGUCCUUGGUCUCAUUGAGCAGAGGUGUUUGUUUUUUGUUGAGUCACACACAGAAUGUCCUCUAGUUGUCCUCAUUUUGCUGAACAAAUUCUGAUAACUUAGACAGGAAAACAUACAAUAUUACACCAAUG